AGUUCUGGUUGGGGUGAUGCGCCAUAUUGGCAGUCUCCUCCAUCUCAUCCAACCCAGAGAGCAUGCACGUCUCAAAAGCGGUGAUCGAGGAGAUUAAUUGAAGUAAUCACAGACAGCAGCGAGCCGAAACGCAAAACCAUGGAGGCCGUAAAAGCUUUUAACAUCGAGCUGUACUCUCUGAAUGAGUACAAACCUCCCAUCUCCAAGGCCAAGAUGACCCAAAUCACCAAGUCUGGAAUCAAAGCUAUAAAAUUCUACAAACAUGUUGUCCAGAGCGUGGAGAAGUUCAUACAAAAGUGCAAACCAGAAUACAAGGUGCCAGGGCUGUAUGUCAUCGACUCCAUCGUCAGGCAGUCAAGGCACCAAUUUGGCACCGAGAAGGACGUGUUUGCCCCACGCUUCAGCAAGAAUAUCAUUGGAACAUUCCAGCACCUAUACCGCUGCCCCUCAGAUGACAAGAGUAAGAUAGUGAGAGUCCUCAACCUGUGGCAGAAGAAUGCUGUCUUCAAAAGUGACAUCAUCCAGCCCUUGUUGGACAUGGCUGCAGGGUUGCCACCACCUAGUGUUACCCCUGUCAUGCCCAGCAGUGCUGCCCCAGUGAACAACACAACACCUGGUACGCCUGCCACACCGGCCACCCCUGCUAAUAUAGUCCAAAGUCUGCCUGACUGGGCCUCCCAGAUCUCCAACACAGAUACUGUUGCUGCUGUGGCUCAGAUCCUACAGAGUCCUCAGGGACAACAGCUACAGCAGCUGGUGCAGAGCCUACAGAUGCAGCAGCAGAAGCCUCAGCCAUCCCUUCUUCAGGCCCUGGAUGCUGGCCUGGUGGUGCAGCUACAGGCCCUGACAGCCCAGCUUACUGCUGCCGCUACUGCCAACAGCUUAAACCCCCUAGAACAGAGGGUUUCCUCCUUCAACAAGAAACUUUUGGGUCAGUUUGAUUUUGGGAAUGACUCUGAACGUGCUGAUGAUUCUAAAAAGGACACCUCAUCAUCUCAGCUGCCCAUGGUGUCCGAGUCCAUCAACAGCUCCCUCUUUCACCAGCUGGCUGAACAGCUGCAACAGCAGAACCUGGAGCAGUUCCAGAAACAGUUAUUAGAGCACCAGCAGAAGUCUAUAAGCAUGGAAGUACAGGACUCUAUCUUUGGGCCGGAGAAUUCUGUAACAACAGCCCAGAGCAGCAGCAUACCACAGCUUCCUGAGCCUGACAAGUUGGAUGAUUCUAUUGACAACCAACAGCAGGACAUGGAUCUAGAUGAGGGCCCAGAUGGUAUGGAGGAGGAGAUCUUUGAGGCAGAGGAGAAGAAGACUGUUGGCACUCGCUCCAGAACAGGCUCUAGGUCACGCUCCAGGUCUCCUAAGAGGAGAAGGUCCAGGUCACGAUCUGGCUCUCGCAAACGUAAGCACCGCAAGCGAUCACGCUCACGGUCCAGGGACCGCAAGAGGAAGUCAUCUAGGUCCUACUCAAGCGAAAGACGUGCCCGUGAGCGAGAGAAGGAGCGACAGAAAAAAGGAUUGCCUCCUAUACGAUCCAAGACUCUCAGUGUAUGCAGCACAACUCUAUGGGUGGGCCAGGUGGACAAGAAGGCCACGCAGCAAGACCUCACAAAUCUUUUUGAGGAGUUUGGCCAAAUAGAGUCCAUUAAUAUGAUCCAUCCCAGAGGCUGUGCCUACAUCUGUAUGGUCCACAGACAGGACGCCUAUCGUGCACGCCAGAAGCUUAGCACUGGGUCCUUUAAGAUUGGUUCCAAAAUCAUCAAGAUUGCAUGGGCCCUGAACAAGGGAGUGAAGCAGGAAUACAAACAAUUCUGGGACGUGGACCUGGGCGUCACCUACAUUCCCUGGGAGAAGGUGAAGGUGGAUGACCUUGAUGGAUUCGCUGAAGGGGGCAUAAUUGACCAGGAGACUGUCAAUGAUGAGUGGGAGGCAGCUAAAAAUACUGAGCCAGCCAAGGAAGCCCCAAGCCAGCCAGCAACUGAGACUGUAGCUGCCUCAAACACCCAGACUGAGGCCUACAGCCAACAGGUCACCAUGAUGCCUGUACAGCUGCCUGUAGCCCAGGCUGUCCCUGCUGCUGUGGGGCUGGUGCCUCCAUCCUUCCCUGUCUCUAUGGGCAUACCCCCACCAGGCUAUGGGCCACCACCACCCUUCAUCAGGGCAGGUUUCAAUGCCUCACAGCCUCCCCCAGGUUUCAUGCAGGCAGCCCAGACAGCAGGCAUGACUUCAGCACCUACAUCCCUUGUGCAGCCUUCCAUGACAUCUAGCCAGGAAAAUGUCAAGGAUUCUCCAUACGGAGCCAUGAUGCCUCCCAACAGCUCCAUCCCUGGCAGCUUCAUGCCCUCAGGUAUUCCCGGAGCAGGUGUUUUCAACCCAGUGGGAGUCCAGACUCAGCAGGCCACCAAUGACAAAACACCACAGUCUGUCAUUGAAGGCAUGGAUGCUGCUGCAGAGCUGACUCUGCAAGGUAUGCAGAAUGCAGUCCGCAGCGGAAUGGGUCUCCUUGGUAUGCACCCUCCCAACCCCCUCACUCACCCACUGCAGUCUGGUCUACCAGGCCAGAGGAUGCCGGGCCUGUUGCCCCUAGACCUACGGCCGAACCUCCUCCAGCCGGGGGCCGGGGCUCGUUUCCCUCUUCUGAUGCAGCAGGGUCUGUCUCAGCAAGUUGCUGGUCUCAUGGAUGCCUCACUUCAGUCCCAAGCCCGUGUUCGGGCCCCCUUCCCCCAGAUGGAACCCUUCACCAGGGCCCCUAACCCUCCCAAUGAUAACUUAUCUAAGGCAGAGGAUGAGCCCUCCUCUGGGGCUGAUGAAGGCCAGGACCAGGAUUACCGCUUUCCCCCACCAGAGAAGCAGAGCACCGGCCUGCUAAGGACCCCUCCCCCAGAGCACCGAGAGCACCUGGGAGGAGGUGGUGGAGUAGGAGGAGGACCAGUUGGUGGAGUAGGAGGAGGACCAGUUGGUGGAGUAGGAGGAGGACCAGUUGGUGGAGGAGUUAGACCUGCCUUGCUCCAAACUCCAGGGACUCAGCCAUCCCGAACCAGCCUAGUUGGACGCUUGCAGGCCCUGGCAGGCUUUACUCCAGAUAGCCGCUGGAGCCAGACCAGAGGUGAUUUUGAUGAACGAGACAGCAUGAGGGGAGGCCCACAGGCAUCCAGUGGUCCAAAAGGCUUCCCAGAGGAGCGGCCCACCCCUGGACAGAACUUCCCCAACCGCUUUGAGAAUCGGCCCGGGCCAGCAGGACCAGCAACUGCCACCUCUGGUGUUCCGGGAGCAGUUGGGGGACCACAGCCCUGGAAUCGUAGUGGUGCUGCCGCAGCACCUUUUGAAAGUGACCUGCAUCAAGACCUGGAUGACCGCCGACGCCAAUGGGACCGGCAAAGAGACAGGGACGAAAGAGAUUUUGACUUUCGGAGAGAGAUGAAUGGCAACCGCCACAGCCGAGAGCGUGAGAGAGAAAGGGAGAGGGAGCGUGAGAGGGAAAGAGAAAGAGAAAGGGAGCGUGGCCGUGACCGCACCAGAGAGCGGGAGCGAGAGAGAGACCGGGAAAAAGAGAGGGAGCGUGGGGGCUGGACACCCCUCUUGCCUCUACCAACACCCUUGCUGCCAACUCCUCCCCUCAACCCCAACCUGACCCUAAACCAAGGCAAACUGCUGGCCCCACUCAAACUUAACCCCCAGAUGCAGCAAAGAUUCCAGUCCCCACUUCUUCCUCUAAAUCAGGCCAAACCAUCUCCUACUCUGGGCCUGACCCAGCCACUGCUUCAGGCUCCAACCAAGUCUCCACCUCCAGUACAGAGCCAAGGAGCUAUGCCUGUGCCCAAGUCACAAACUCCGGUCCAGUCUCAGACUUUGUCUCAGGCCCAACUGCCUGAGAGCAAGGUUCAGAGUGUACUUACUGAGACUCCCUCUCAAGGCCAGUCAUCACCUUUGUGUGAGUCUCCUCAACCCACACAGCCCCAGCCCACCACCCACUCACCUUCCAAGGUCAUGGCCUCUCCACAAGCAGAGACUCCACCCCAAGACUCACUGCUGGUCAUGGCCUCAUCCCAGGACUCACCCAUGGCCCUUCAACAAGCCUCCAGCCUCCCUGAAGAGAUGACUAAAUCUCUGGAGGAGAAGGAGAACCCACAGGUGGACCAGGAGGACUCACAAGAAAGGCCUUCCCCUCCCCGACCUCAGUGGCUCAAUGGACCUGGGAUGGACAAUAGUGUUAUGGCUGUGCCCUCACCGGUGCCCUCAUCAGAGCCCACUCCCUGUGCUUCCCCUGAGCCCGUGGCAGAACAGGCUCCCUCUCACUCCGUCUCACCCACCAUCCCUAACCCCACACUGUCACCAGCCCUUAUAUCAAACCCUGAGGAACCCCAAAGUGAUCCGGAGCAGCAGCAACUUGCCUCCCCUAAGGACAUAAACAAUGAACAGAGUGAAUCCAUGGAGGAAGCUGAGAGUCAGCCAGUGGUAGACACUGACACAGACACUGAGGGGACAUAAUCAUCACUCAGUAGGUAAAAGAUCAUUUUGUAAAGUUGUCUCUUCUUCUCUGUACUCAUGUCAGCAAACCACACGGGACAUGGCGAGUAAUGACUCACAUCAGUUAUCGUCUGAUAACCAGUAACAAAUGAUUUUAUCUCUCACCAAUACCAGUGUACUUCAAUAGAUGGCUCAUUAGAUGAAUCAUGGGUAGAUUAUUUUGUUUGUAUUUUAUUUCAUUUUACUUUUUUUAAGUUUUAAUGCCACCCCACCCAUUUCAAUUAAUCUAAGCUCAAUGAAUUUUUAUGAAUUGCCUGCCAAAAUGUUUCAAAUGUAAGUGGAGAUGGAGAAGAGUUUUGACCUUCCUAUGGAAGAGUGAGGAGUCCUGGCUGUUCCAACAAUGGAUUGAACCCAGUUAUACAUGAUACUUGAAACAGUCGCUGGCCCGUUUCUGCCUCCUCCUUUAAAACGCUGCUGCAAAGUUUUGAAAUAAUGUUUUUGUGGUGUCCUCUUAUGCUUCCUGUUUCUAAGCAAACCCCAUAGGCCAUCAGACAGUGAGACCAGUAAAGCUGCUUAUAAAUGGACAAAAACACAAUUUUGAAAGAUGAAAACGUGCAAAUGUUGUAUCCCCAAAAAUAAAUGUCUGUGAUUUGUUUCUCAUAACGCAGUGAAUUCAAACAGAAAAUUACAUGCCAGAUGGGAGGAGAGGAAAAAAAAAACAGAGGGAUGUUCCAGAUGUCGGGUGCAUUUUGUUUUAGUUUGAAAUAAACAUGCUUUGUUUGUUUACACACACGCUUUAGGACUGUAUUUUCUGACCCAGGACCGGCGGAAGCUAAGACUUGUUUCACACAGACUCAUACACGUGUCGUGCUGUCACCGCAGUCGAUUUGACAGUCUCGAAACUCAAAUCGCUGCUUUGCCAUCCAUCCACAAAGCACUUUGCCGGAUGCAACUUUGGGACUCGUAGUUCUUGGUUUAUGGUGACUUUAAGCCUGCAUUUUACCCCAAGCUUGUUCGAGGUGGCUGUUGAGGAUGGGCGUUGUGCCUUUUCUUUUCUUUUCUUUUUUUUUGUUGAAUAGAUUUGUUAUUUACAUUUACCCACUGUGCCCCCCC